CGCCGUAGCACUCGACGGUUUCCACUUCCUUUGACGUCGAAGUUGACUGUGCCUGGCUGGAGGACGGAGACAUGUUACCCAGUAAGCUCGGCCGCUUCGCGUCGGGGCUCCAGGGCCGCGCGCGGGCCCCCGUGAGCGGGGCGGCUCGCGGCGGGCUCCGGCGGGCCGCGGGGUGUCCGCAGCGGGCGUUGAGCCUGCGGAGGAGCGCGUGUGCGGGGGCGCUGCUGCGUCGCGCCGCCCCCCGUCAGAGCAGUACUCGGCCAUCCUCCCAAACCACAGUGGACCCCGACGAGGUGAGGAGGUUCCAGUCACUCGCCGGCAAGUGGUGGGAUGAGCAGGGAGAGUUUGCAGCUCUUCACGCCAUGAAUGACCUGAGGGUGCCUUUUAUACGGGACAAUCUGCUGAAUGUGCACGGAGCGCGGCAUCCUGGGAAACCGCUGGCAGGCCUCAGACUACUGGAUGUCGGCUGUGGAGGAGGCCUGCUCUCAGAGCCCCUGGGUCGUCUGGGGGCUCAUGUGUUGGGUAUAGAUCCGGUGUCCGACAGCAUCCACACCGCCCAGCUGCAUGCGUCCUAUGACCCGGACCUCUGUGACUCGGUGUCCUACCGGGCCUGCACCUUAGAGGAGCUCUCGGCAGAGGAGGAGGAGGAGGAGGAGGGGUCGGGACAUUUUGACGCCAUUGUGGCGUCAGAGGUGGUGGAGCAUCUGGCCGACCUGGAAACAUUCGCCUUCUGCUGCAGCCACAUGCUGAAGCCGGGCGGCUCACUCUUCGUCACCACCAUUAACAAGACCAACCUGUCCUACGCGCUGGGCAUCGUCGUGGCCGAGCAGCUGCUGCGCAUCGUUCCCAGCGGGACGCACGACUGGGAGAAGUUCAUCAGCCCAGUGGAGCUGGAGCGCCUCCUGGAAUCCAAUGGCUUCUCGGUGCAGUCCGUCCAGGGAAUGUUGUACAACCCGGCGUCGGGGGCCUGGAGCUGGACGAACAGCGCGGCCAUCAACUACGCCCUCCACGCCGUCAAGCUGAGAGACGAUCCCCGACGGGACCCAGCCGAGGAGGACCGCGGCGCAGCGGCGCACAGCUCAGCCCCGCGAGACUGAAUGAACUCACGUGCGCGGAGCGGUUACUUCACAGGGGCUGCGAUGCAACAGCACGCGAGGUGGCGGCUAUUAAAAGGAAAAUGGACAAACUGCCGUGAGACAGAAUUAGAGAUGCCCCGCAGUUGCUGUAAGACGAGCACCGUGCAUCAGAGUGUUUGCUUUGACGAAGGUGCCUCCGCUGACUAACAACACACAGCCUGAGAAUUAACAAAGAUAACACUCAUCAUUUAUUAUUUAUCAGUAAACACACUGUUCUGAAUCAGCUCUGUAUUUCAGCCGGAAUAUUUUGUCAUUUGCCACAUCCUCCGUUAAAUAAAAUAACAAAAUUGUA